AUGGCUGAAGAUAUUUUGAAAAUAGAAGGUCUUCCUGCUCGGACACCAAGAUAUCGAUGGCGCGGGAAAGCACAAUGUCGUCGGACCAUUAAAUUACAUGAGUCUCACGGGCAAGGCUCUGGGUAUUUUGUAUUUGAUGGUGUUGACCAUCGUGCCUUCCUUCGAUGGCUUCCAAUCCUCACCAGGUCGCGGGGGGGGGGAUUGGCGAGCUUAGUCGAUGCCUGGCAGCUUAGGCAGGCAAGUCGCCUGAUUUAUAGCAUUGGCAGCGAAGCCACAAGCGGCGGCCGCACAAAGCGUUCCGAUGGGGACUGGCAGCCCUCGCCCGUUCCGAUUCCUGCCCAGUGGCCCAGCGUUGUGCUGGAAAUUGGUCUUUCCGAGGGCCCGGGGAAACUGAAAAAAGAUGCGCAAUUUUGGCUGACCGAAUCUCAUGGACAAACGAGAUCUGUGAUCACGGUGAAUAUCACGAAGAAACUUGGUAGGAUCACACUAGAGAAUUGGACGAUGCAAGGCGAAAGUAUUGGAUCUGCCCAAAAGAUUCACAUCAAUGAGUCUUACAAGAUUACUGGACCAACUACCUUCACAAUUCCCUUCGAAAGUUUUUUCCUACGAGAUAAAGGCUCGGGGGAGAGUGAUUUCGAGAUCACUCAUGAAGAGCUCCGGCGAUUCGCUCAGUCGGUUCGGCGAAGUAUUCGCGCGACCCAGUCCACCUGA